GAGAAAGAUGGAACUAAACGAAACGAUGGAAGAGGAUUCGAACAACAACACCGAUCUAUCGAGUCUGUCGAACGUGCUGGUCGAUACUGGUCCAUCGAAUCGUUCCACGAAUCCCUACGAACAGCAAAAUGGCCACGAAUUGGAACACGCGAUUCUUCUAACGGUAAAAGCCAUGGUAAUGGGUUUCAUCAUUCUGUGCGCUCUGUUCGGCAAUCUAUUGGUGAUCGUGUCGGUAAUGAGGCACAGGAAGCUUCGCGUAAUUACCAAUUACUUCGUGGUCUCGUUGGCGUUGGCCGACAUGUUGGUGGCCAUUUUCGCCAUGACGUUCAACGCGUCGGUCGAACUGUCCGGAAGAUGGCUGUUCGGCUAUUUCAUGUGCGACGUGUGGAACUCGCUGGACGUGUUCUUCAGCACCGUUUCGAUACUUCAUCUGUGCUGCAUCAGCGUGGAUCGAUAUUACGCGAUCGUGCAACCGUUGGACUAUCCAUUGAUCAUGACGAAUCUUCGACUGAGCACCAUGCUGAGCGUGGUUUGGUGCUCGCCGACGGUGAUGAGCUUCCUGCCCAUCUUCGCCGGCUGGUACACCACCGAAAAGCAUCUCGAGUUCAGAAGGAAUUUUCCGGACGUGUGCGUGUUCCAAGUGAACAAACUCUAUGCCGUGAUUAGCUCCAGUGUCAGUUUCUGGCUGCCUGGAAUCAUCAUGAUCGCCAUGUAUUACAAGAUUUACCGGGAGGCUGAUCGUCAAGAGCGGAUGCUCUAUCGGAGCAAAGUGGCGGCAGCGCUCUUAAACAAACAUCUGCAGAUCAAUGGGAUUUCGGCCGGUUUGACCACGCUGCCAACUGUGGAUCAAUCGUCGCCGGAUCCACAACCAGAAGAUCCACCGAUCACCAGCAGCAGCAAAAUGAGAAGGGAACGAAAGGCAGCGAGAACGUUGGGAAUCAUCGUGUCAGCGUUUCUGGCUUGUUGGCUUCCCUUCUUCCUCUGGUACGUCAUCACGUCUCUGUGCGACAGCUGCGAAAGCAGCGAUUCGGUGGUUGCAGCGGUGUUUUGGGUGGGUUACUUUAACAGCGCGCUGAAUCCGCUCAUCUACGCCUACUUCAACCGGGAUUUCCGGGCCGCCUUCAGGAAGACCCUCGAAAGCUGUUGCGUGGCGAUCGGGCCGGUUCGCGAUCUGCGCCAAGCCCAUCGGAAGCAGGAUCUGGUGCACAGUAACGCGUCUUCGGAACUACACGUUAACAAUCAGCUGAGAGCCAGCGAGAUGACCAAUGUGCACAUCGAGGCGUGCAUUUGAUUUUCCAACCGUUCCUCCAACGUUCGUGUCUCAACGAUCUCCUGAACUGGAAAAAAUCGUUUCGAAUCCGACCUAUUUUCGACUGAAACGCCGAUCGUGCCAAUCACCAGCCACGACAGCCGAGUAGCAGCAUCUCGCUGGCCAAUUAACACGACCAGCACGCGACGCUCGUUCGCCGAUUAAACGAUGGA